GUAACUUAUUUAAAUGUAAGAAUAGCUUAUCGUUACUGUCUGGAUUACUGUGCUAUUCCGACUUUCACUGGUGAAAAUAUGGUCGAUUUCAGUGUGAGAGUUAAAUAAUGUUACGCAUUUGUUUCUUUCUGCUGAUAGCUAUGUUUAUAAAUAAGUUACUGGACCACAACGGUUCUGCGUCUAUUCCUUUUAACAAUGAAAAAACUAAAGUCAACUCACUACAUUAUUUCGAUUUCUCUGGAUGCUACUUUCUAUGCUGCGAUCACAAGUUUUACAAUAAGUCUGAAAUUUCCAGUGAAAAAUUGGUAAUUUCCCGUCAAACUACUAGUAAUCUGGCAGAACUGACUGAAAUUUGGAGUUUUAUUGAACAUUUCUGCAAGCAUAUCAAUUUAUCUAAAAUGUUUAUGAAUUCUUCAACAUACUCAAAUAUACAACGUCAUCUAACUUUAGAAGUUGGAAAACCUGAAUUCAUGAAUAAUGGAAACAACAGAUACUUUUGUUUGUAUUGCAUCAGAAACUACAUGUUAAAAGCAUCCAUAAAAUCUGACAUAAACACUGAGCAGUACUUAAAUUUAUUUCUUUUUCGGAAGUUUUCACUACGUUCACCACGUUCGAUAAUUAAAACCAAAGACAAAAUUUCUUUAUUCAAUAAAACUAGAAAUAUGAUACCUACUUUUAUGCUUCCAGCAGUAAACAGUGUACCUGUUAGAGCAGUAUCUAUACAUUCAUCUAAUUUAAUGCCAUCAUCAAGUAGUAAUAUUAUGAACGAGUUCAACCAAGUAACAUUUCUACAUUACCAGUUUGAUGUUGUACAAAUUAAAUAUGGGAUUAUACAAAUAAAAGUAGAUGACGAUCAAGCAACAUGGAAACAAACAACUACAUUUACUGGAUUACAAGUAAUUGAACAAAAGGUUCGUUAUAUUAGCCUUGUAGCUCAACCAGAAAAUACGCAAACGGCGUUUAAUGAUCGCAUACAUAUAACCUGUUUUAGAAAUUUGGAAAAAUCUAACAUCAUGAGGUUAGUUUUGCCAGUGAACUUUAUCCGAAUUCAUAUAAGUAUCACCGUAAACAGACCUCUUUUGAUUUAUGUAAGUACCGUCAAUGAUAAAAUAAACCCACAUCUUAUUGGCAUGGAAGGCCGUACGGCUCGACUGGACUCAAGAUAUUUAGAAGUCAGAGCUGAACCAUGGGAAAAGGAUUCACUAAUAUGGUUUACUGUAACGAAAAUUCCGAUACAUGGACACUUAUUUCUAGUUAAUCGAAGCAGUCAGCAGACAAAUACAAAUAAGGAGUUUGAUGAUAAAAUUUAUCUGGGUGUUAGUUCACAAUUUACACAAGAAGACUUAAGAGCAGGAAAUUUAUUUUAUACCUUUCGCCGUGUACUAGAUGAUAGUUCGGAGAGGACUUCAGAUGUAAGUUCUAAACGUUUUAGUUUAAUCGAUGAGUUCAAAUAUCGUGUUAAUGUAGAAGGAGCUCAACCCAAGACUAUAUACGAUUUUCGAAUAGUUAUCAAGAAGAUAUCCAGCACUACUCCAAUCUCUACUAUUAAAUUUAGUCCUACAAUUAUAAACAGAGGUGGAAUUGUAGAGGAAGGUGGAGAUCUGAUUCUAACACCUGAGUUAUUUUAUGCUAAACAUUCACAAUGUCAAAACAAUUCUGUACAAAAGUCAUCUAAUGAGCUAUUUCAAGACUAUGAUCUGUAUUUUCAAAUUCUCUCAUUACCUGAACAUGGUACACUUUUAAUAAAAUCACCGUAUAAUUCAACUUUAACCAAUUUAAUUAAUUUGACAGAAUAUAACCACAAAUUAAUUAAUUAUAACUUGUUAAUAUAUCGUCAUAAUGAUGAAGAAGAAUUUAAGGAUAGUUUUCAAUUUCAAUUUUUUUGCCGUCAAACACCUAUUAGCCAUUCAUAUGAUGAUGCUAAUGACGAUAUAACCGUACAUUUAACAGGAUUAUCACAUACUUCAGUAGAUGAACUAUUUGGUCAACCAGUUACUUCUAUUUUUCGGAUUCGUAUUAUUCCAGUGAAUGAUAAUCCUCCGAAUUUGUAUAUAACUCCUCUAUUUGUUGAAUUUAACACAACAAAUAACACACUAAGUAAAUCAUUUAAAAUAAUAGAUAAAGAUAAGGAUUUGCAGAACGAUUAUUUUGAUAAUAAAAACGAUGACAAUAAUAAUAAUGAUGAAUCGAUCUAUAAAAGGGGUGAUUUUUGGAUUUAUUGGGAAGAAAACAAAAACUUCCACAGAAAAGAUAUUAUAUAUCCAAGUUUGGGAUAUUUCAUUCAAAAUCUUGAUAUGACUGUCAGUCGUCGUUUCAAAUAUUCUGAAUUAACUAAUGGUCUUAUUAACUUUAAACAUAUGGGACUUCCUACCGGCCAAGUGAAUCUUAAAGUAAUGGAUGGAAAGUUUACUGUUACUAAGCAACUAACAAUCAAUGCGACCAAGCCCACUUUUCUUGUAUUGCAGCCAAGUCGUAUAACAUUGAGAUCAAACGGGAGAGUUUUCAUUCCUAUCGAGGUUAUCACGAAUGUUCAUCUUGAUCCAAACCAUAUUCAAAUUGAUGUAAUUCGCUCUGGAUGCUUUGGAAAAUUGGUGUUGUUUGGUCUAACUGAUCAGUCGGCAAACUGGACAUAUAAUGAUUUACUACAAUUUCCACUUUAUUAUAAAUACAUUAGAUCAUGGAGCCAGUCCAAAUAUCAAAAUAUAACAUCAUUUAAGAAUGCUGAACGUAGUCUUUACUGUAAAUUAUUGUAUUCAAGUAAUAAAAACGAUAAGAAAGAUGAUUCCGUUACAUUACGAUCGGACGAAGUUUAUCUAUUUUUCAGUACUACAUUCUCUGGCCAUAUAUUACAGCAAGAAGUUAGGUUAUCUAUUUUACUGAAUGAACUUAAAUUAUGGAAUGAUGGAAAUAUUAAUGAAGCAAAUGAUGUUAAAUUUACUAGUGACGAAUUAACUGUUGAAACCGGCAAGAGUGUAGUCGUGCAACCAAAUUUUUUUCUAAACAAUAAUAAUACACGAAGUUUUUCACAAAUCCCAAUUAUUGUAAAUCAGGUAGGAGCCUCGUUACGGUAUACUUCAUCUGUGCACUACAAAUUUUAAAAUAUCACCUAUUAAAUAUUUUACACUGGCUGAUCUGUUUUCUGGAAGAAUAUUAUACGAGUCAUUGACAAAUCGAUUGAACACAAUACAACCAUAUUACAAACAAAGUUUAUUAGUUAAAGACUGUAUUACUGUUUUCUUAUUAAACAAUCAAUUUCAAUAUGGAAUGAACGACUACAUGUCAGAUCAAAUAAAUAAUGAAACAGAAAUUGAAUCAAGACAAGUUAUCUGUGUUCUAAUCAUGCAAAAAGGUUUAGACGUAAAACACUGGGAUUUAGCUUUGGAGGCAAAGAACUAUCGAUCCCUGACAGACUCAAAAUUGACCCCAUUAUUAAACAAAGAAUAUCCGUGAGACAUGAUGAACCAUUCAUAGCAAGAAAUAAGGACAGUUUUUCCACGACAAGCAAAAAUACUGAAUACGAUACAACACAGUUAUCAGAAAGUAUACUAGAAUGGAUGCACCAUAUACACACAAGAAAUAUAUUACUAGUAGCAACGGGGAUCCC